CAAUGAUGUUGAAAAUAUUUCGGUGGGAAAUUUAGAAUUGUACGCUACUCUUCGUUUGUAUGAAUAGUAGAGUUCCUGAAUUUAUUGUUUGUGUGGAAUGUCAUUCAUUAGUGGUACAAUAAAUAAAGCUCGGUCUUGUGAAGAAGCGCUUCCCAACCAGGAACUCAAUCCAACUAAUCAUUCGAAUUUUGAAGGUUACUCAGAUAAACCUUUGAUACCUGUUAACGAAAAACUUAUUCACACCUUAGGUUUGAAAAAUUUGAAACUACAGGACAAAGCCGAGCACUCUCCAGGUCACCAUGAACUUAUCACUUCCAAGUCUCUUGAUAACAUAUUAGACUAUCAAAUGAGCUCAGGAAAUGCGAUACAUGCACAGUCCCAACAUAGGAGUUCGUUUUUAGACAAUAAACCUAAUAAUUUUGAGAGCCCCGUCUCAUCGUCUGACAGUUUAAAUGAUAAGAACUAUCAAAUUGAAUUUUCAGACGAAGAAAAUCUUCCUGGAGCACGUAAACGUUAUAAUCGACGUUUAAUUACAGAGAAUUCGGAUGAUCUAUCGGAAAAGAGUGUCAGCUUAAUGCACUCGUGUAGUGAUCUCGACAGUUAUUGUAGUGAGGAUGAGGAAGGUGAUGACAUAGAGAAUAGUUAUGAUUCCGCAGUGAUUAAUGUGCUAGAUGGUGUAGCCGAACUUCACGUAAGUGCUAAGGAGGAUAAUUCUUUACCACGGGAUGAUGCUGUUACCUUAGAUGUUGAUGUCGAUGUUGAUGCAGAUCAGGACAAAACCAAUCCAGCGUACAUACCUCGAGCUGGUCGGUAUUAUAUGCAUGACCAUCGUACAUUAGAAGAAGAUGUCGUAGUUGUCAAAAAGCAAGAAAGUAGCCGACGAUGGAAGCAUGACAAAUUUAACUACUAUGAGCAAGCCCCGAGGUCUACAGAAGAAAUUAUAUGGCGAUAUGGGUACGAUAUUCGUAAGGAAAAUUUGUGUCCGUUUCCAAGCAAGAUUAAACCUUGUAGUGGAGGUAACAUCCCCACAAAACCCCUCAUUUCUGCCAAAAAUAAUGAGGCAUAUUAUUCCCCAUCGCAGUCGAAUAAAGAAACUGACACUAAAACCCGAAGCAACCUGUCAUGUGGUGACCAAAGACAAAGAAGUCCACCUGAAACUCAAGCAAAAAUCACAUACCCCAGCGGUAGGUAUAAUAAUUAUGGUCGUUUUACUAGAAGUGAUCGUCGUGCACGCAAUCUAUCCACACGGAAAGAUUUAGUCGCUGACGAGUUACAAACUCUGCGUCAUUCAAGGAUUUUAAAGGAGGAUUCUGUAUCUGGAACUAAUGUCCGUCAUAGCCAUCCCACUCAAACCGUAGAUAUCAGUCCUGUGUGUCCAACCGAUACUCAUGAUUCGUCUCAUAAACCUCAACAGGGUUUGAACUAUUCGAACCACACAUCCAGCUCCAAUCUUUCUAGACGAAAUAGGGGGGAUUUGUCAAAGCCUUCGGUAACUAACUUUGAACGUGUCCAUAGAAAACAAACUGUAAACGUAGUUCCGGUAAACACAAAAGACGGUAGAGUUUACAAACCUCGGGCAAUAAAUCACUCAAGUCACACACACGAACAAGUAAAGUGUGAAAGAGCCCCAAAACGGUAUUCCACUGUUCGACAAAAUGUCUCUAAUAUCGAUCCAUCUGUCGACAAAAAAGUCUCAUCAUUGCAGCUCUUAUCUCCUGUGCGCACUAAAGAGCUGUGCGAUCCGGUUAAAGUUAAAGACUUAAAGGUUACAAAGGAGAGCACCUCAGGGGACGCUCAUGAAGUUGUUCAGUUGCCUAAACCUCCUACAGACUAUAAGGGUGAAAUUGCAAAUAAUAAUCAGGUUUGCACCGAAACGACUAGUAUUGGCUCGUUUAAUCAACAAGAAGUAAACCCCCAAUCUGUCAAUCUGACCAUGCAUUCAGUUCCUGUCACACAUUUCCAGCCCUCCAUAGAAUAUAACACACGUAUUCCCGCUGAGUUUUCGUCUGUCAAUGCACACUUGCAAACCAUAUAUUUCCCCAAUAUAUUCCAGCAUAAUCCACGCUGUCAACCUCCAAGCAAUGUUAUGUCAAGCUUUGUACCCCCAAAUGCUCACCAAGCUCCAAUGCAUCGUCUUUAUGGAAAUGAAAUUCAAAAUGUAGAUUUAUCAAUCCCAGUUGCAACGACUCUUUGUUUUGAUCAUAUGCCAUGUGGAGCUACAAACGAUCCCAGUCGAACAUACGUAAUGCAUUUAGGUGUAGCUGCAAUGGAGCCGCUUUGGAAUGGUGAAGAAAAGCCAGUGCUCAACCGAAAAUUCUCAAAGAAACCAUUAGAAGUUAUAGAUCCUCGGGACGGAACAAGAGUUAAUAAAGUUGCACUUUCUGAAACAUAGUCACAUCACUCAAAUUGUACUUGUUCGAUUAACAAAUUUCCAGAUAUCUGGUAAACAUGCAUGUAUAUUUACUGACUCGAAAACCAGUAAAUUAUAGAAAUUAUUUAUAUGACUUCAAAAUGUAGAUAUAACUUCCCCAGUUCAUUGUAACUAAAUGUUUCAAAUUUCGU